AUGUCUCUGCCAUCGCAAUCUCAUACGCUUUCGCUUCCUGACAGCAACAUGACACAAGACGAUGCAAUGCGAGACGAUUCGUCUGCACGCAAAUACAACAAGACCUCUCUCCAAAAACGUACACCUCAGGACAAGUUGGCCAAAGACGCAGCGAGCUCGUCGACAGCCACACACUUUGUACCCCCUGGCGAUGCAGGUCAGCCGUAUGACCCUGUCGCAGAAUAUAGACGUGGUCGAGCGCUCACGGCAGACAACCUCGAGAGGAUUCCCAAUGCCGAUCAGCUUGCUCCGGGCAUUCGGUUGCCUGGUAGAGUGAUUGAUUCGCACGGAGCUGAUACAGACAUGCAGACCUCCUCCGACGCUGAUGGGGGCGCACAGAGCCUCGAGACAGGCCACACGAGCGUUGGUGCUUUUGGUGAAGGUGGCGCUUCGGUGCCUGGAGUUCCUCCUGAGCUCGAUCCACGCACGCCCGCUUUCCGACCGCACAGUCCAGGCGAAGCUUCGGUUCUCUCGGUCGCUGUGCAACCGCCAGCUUCACCAAAAGCCAGCAUCCUGGAGCCUUCCGAACCCCCCAGCCCUUUUGUUGAAAUCACACCAUCGCGCAGCGCAACUUCGGAUCGAUACGGUAUCCUGGCCAGUAGCGCUUCGGCCACAGCCGGCUCAUCGUCCUAUUCUACCUCGGCGCGCGGUUCAUCACCGCCCCUAUCUGUGGGGUAUGCGCCGUCCGAGGCUUUCAACUCGGCUAUGCGUCUCGGACCCGGGCCCAGCAUGUUGGGUCGCAACGUGGCGAGCGUGGCGCCCUCAGAGGCCGGAAGUGUGUCUUCCACUGGUACUGGUGGAGGAGGACCGGGCAGUGCCGGCACAGCCGACGACCAGGAAGUAGCGUUGCGGGCCGCCUACAUUGAACGACAACGCAUGCGCGAACGAGAACUGAUGGGUGGGGAAGCCGGAGUGGGAGGUACCACGAUUCCUACCUUCACUUUGCCCACUCGCGGCUCGACACCUCUUGCGUUUGCACCGGGCCUCUCAGCGCGUCUAGGUGGCGUAUCGGGUACCGCUUUUGACAAUGUCAGUCGAGCUGGCAGCACUGCCGCAACUACGGGCACCAACUCGCCACCGCUCAGUCCGACAGGUAGCGAGAUUCCUGACGCAGUAGCUUCACCCUCGCGCCGCGGCAGCGUAGAUAGUACCGAGACGCUGGGCAGUAUGCGUGCACCUCCCAGCGUGCAAGGCUUCGAGCCGGGAAGCGGCAUUGAGUCGCGACGCAUGAGCAGAGGCGGUAGCUCGGUAGGCUUCGACGAUCUCGCCAGACGCGGAAGUGAAGGAGGUUUGAUUACAAAUGCCAUGGACGAAGACAUUCUCGACGCCGGAUCAGUUCGCGAUGAGCCGCAACCUUUGUAA